CUUUGGAGAUCAUAACAAUCGCAAUCCCCACGCAUCUCUCCGGCCGGAUUUGAUACUCUGCGGGUGACUGUUGCUGGUCGUUGUGGGCCGGCUGUCUUACUCUUCUCCUUUGUUUCUUUCUCUCUCACCCUUCUCUUCUCCUUCCCUCUCCUCCUUCCCUCCUCUCCCCUCAUCGUUACUCUUAUGCCCCGCCGGUCCUAAGCGCCAGCGCUACGCCCAGACAGAUCUGGACGAUCUUCCUUAACCAUCCAUCGCCGCCGUGACCGGACUCUCGCUCUCCAAGACCUCUGCGACCCGUCGUUUUUGCAAUUGACACCGUCACAAUUGUUUCCCCCCUGGUCCUGCCCCUGCCAAAUCGACAAGAAGACUGAUACGGCUUGCAAGAUGUCGCUCUCCCCAGAUGCCCGUGACCAGUAUGUACCGAUCAUUGACUCCAUAUUGGGGCAAAGUGAUCUCAACACCAUAUCCGAAAAGCGCAUCCGCAAAGGACUGCAGGAAGUGGUCGGCUAUGAUCUUACUCCGCAGAAGGCUGCGAUCAAGCAGCUGAUCAUGGAGAGGUUCGACCUCUUCGCCGAGCAGGGUGGUAUAGGAGCUUCGCCGGAGACCAGCGCCCCAGCGACCAAUGGCCACGGCAAGGAUCACGACUCCGUAACACCCGUCGAACCUUCGUCUCCCGCGCAAUCUUCGUUGUCGCAGAAACGCCAUGCGGAUAGUGAGGAGCGCUCCGACCAAUCGAGCAAGUCGCCGCCGGCCAAGAAGAAGAAGAAGCAGGACAACGACGUUGACGCGGAUGCUCUCUUUGCCGCCAAGCUCCAGGCCGAGGAAAACAUGCGUGCACGCCCUACCCGUGGCUCUAAUACGCGUAGAGCCGCGCCGGUGAAAAAGAAGACCAAGACCAAAACGUCUAAAAAGGUCAAAGCAGAGGACGAUUCGGAUCUUGAGUCGGGAUCGGACACAGGCAAGAAAGUUAACCGGUCUGGCGGAUUCCAUAAACCUCUAACGCUAUCGCCCGCACUUUCCGCUCUACUGGGUGGCGAAGAAACGCUUUCUCGCCCGCAAACCGUGAAGAAACUGUGGCAGUAUAUUCACGAACAUGACCUCCAGGAUCCGAGCGACCGGCGGCAAAUCCGAUGCGACGACCCCAUGCGCGCGGUCUUCAAACAAGACCGCAUACACAUGUUCACGAUGACCAAAAUUCUCAGCCAAAAUCUGUACAGUCAGGACGAAUAGCGCCAAUCGCCAUAUUAGGGAGGGCUGCCACGAUACCCAGCCUCGGCGAACAGGCGAUUCCUGCCCUAGAAAUGGGGUAUGUGCUUACAAUUAACGACUUUUUGAUAUCUUCUUUCAGCACCGCAUUCGAUAACCCGGCGCCUUUCUGAUUCGUUUUAUAUUUCAGCAAGAUCACACCUUGCACCUGUUACUUUUGAUUUGUCUUCUCUGCUAUGUUUCCAUGUCUCACUUACCAUCCCUUUCCUUGUGAUCUGCUUUUCCUUUGUUUAUCCAUAUCUUCUGAUCUCCAGCGGGAGUUGGUGUUGCCUUCCAGACCGGGGCGAUGAACGUUGUCUAGAAAAUUCCGUCCAGGGGGAUUGGCUCUUUGGCAUUGCAUAAUACUAUCUUCAUGGUAAAUGACUCAGGUUGCUGGCUCUUGUAAUCU